AUGACAACUCCAAGUGAACUUCUAUCUAACGUCAGAUUAAAUCCUACCAUUACUAAUAGGGUAUCUUCAUUAAAAUCAUUAUCUUUGAAUGAGGUCAUCAUUUUGAAAGAUGAUAUAGAAUCAGAGUUGAACAAUUCGAUCAACUUAUUACAAUCCUUCAAUGUUGAUAUGCAUUCAUCCCUUGUUACUCCAGAGGGUUUCCCAAGAGAGGAUAUCGAUGUCUUACAGGUAAGAAUGCUGAGAAGAAACAUUAACAUGUUACGAAACGAUCUUACUAACGUAAUCAAUUACUCCCACACUUUACUAUCCACCCACUUUAAUAAUGAUGCUAAUAACAGAAGUACAAUUCCACUAGAAAAUGGGGUGGAUUAUAGAAUUCCCUUCGCUUUUUUCUCUGAAAUUGUAUCAAAUAGCCCCACUGAAAUUGCAGGGAUUAAAGAUAAUGAUAAAUUGGUUUCGAUUUCAAAUAUUCAUGCAGCAAAUCACGAUGGAUUAAAAAAUAUUCAAGCUUUAAUUAUUAAAAAUGAAAAUAAUUCAAUUCCCUUAAGGAUACUAAGAAAUGAUCAGGAAUUUUUAGAACUAAAUUUAGUUCCUGAUAGAUCCUGGGGAGGAAGAGGUUUACUUGGUUGUAAGUUACAAGAAUUGUAA